UGUCAAAUUUAGAAUGUCAACUCGUAAAUAGCAUUAUUCUCUAGCUGUUUUCUGAGAAUUCUUUAAAAAAUAUACAAUUUGUAGAUAUAAGUUAUGAAUUUAAACACGACAUGCCGUUGCUGCUUAGCACGACCGCCGGAUAAGGACUUAAAGUCAACUUACACAUGCCUCGGGAAAACCGAAGUUUACGGAGAUAUGCUAAAAGAAUGCUUCGAAGUCCAUCUCUCAAUAGAACCAUGUGAUUCUGAAAAUGGUAUUUGUGAAAUCUGCAUAGCGCGUCUGAGAGAUGCGUGUGACUUCAAACAGCAAGUGCUGCGUUGUCAAAAGGAAUUUCAAAUCAAGCUCACCACAGCUAAAGAUGUUAAAGAUGAAGAUUUGCCUAAAAUAAAAGAAGAGUACUCGGAUCCCGAAGACAAUGAGAUAUACUUCUUGGAAUUCAAAGAUGACUUCGAGGAUAUGAAAGAAGACGACAAACUAGCUGAAAUACUCCGCCUCGAUGACGUCACAGCCAAGAGGAAAGUCGAGAAGAAGAAGAACGGUAAAAAACGACAGAUCAUCAUAGAGAAACCCACCAAGGAUCGUAAAUCGAAAAAUCUCAAACCGUCUAUCAAGCUCUCACUCCGAACGCUCUCUCAAAUCGAGAGGUUAAACAAUUCGCCCUCAAUCCGCUUCGUGAGCGAGAACAAGAAACACAGCAUAAACAUGGAAAAUAUACUUAAAUAUUCGAAUUGUACACCGUUUUUUAAUAAAACACUAUCCGGUAUUACUUGUGCGUAUUGCAAAGAAACUUGCCAGAAUCUAGAGGAACUUAGACAGCACACACACGAAAUACACAAAAAGGAUGAAUUUCAAUAUACGAAGAGAUUGGAUAAAAGUAAUUUGUCUCUAAAAAUGGAUAUUACUGAUCUCAAAUGCAAUAUUUGCGAGAAAAAUUUCGAUGUGAUCUCCAAUUUGAAGAUUCAUCUGGCAAAGGAACACGAUAUCAAGUUCUUCCCUGACGUCAACGACUAUAUCCUGGAGUUUAAGUUAACUGACGGCGAAUUGUUGAACUGUGCGUUGUGCCAUUCGACAUUUGAAACUUUCAAAAUGCUGCUCCAACACAUGAACGGACACUAUCGCAAUUAUAUAUGCGAUGUUUGCGAUAUGGGCUUCAUAAACAAGCACAGAUUAAAAAACCACCAAAGGAUCCACGAAAUUGGUACAUUCAAAUGCGAGUUUUGCGAUAAAGUCUUCACCACACGCGUGAGGAAGAUGUGCCAUGAAAAAUAUACGCAUAACAACGCAUCGAGAUACACAACGAACUGUCCACACUGCGAUCAAUCGUUCAAUAGCUAUUACCAGAGGAACCGACACAUGUUCAAGGAGCACAACAUCGCCGCGGCGACAUACAAAUGUAAUAUUUGCGACAAAUCCUUCAUUCUAAAGUCAAAACUGACGUCUCAUAUAAAAAAAGUUCACCUAAUGGAACGCAACCAUAUUUGCACGGAGUGCGGUCAAGGUUUUUUCAUCAAGCAGUCGUUGGAUGAGCACAUGGUGAAGCACAAUGGAGAGAGGGUCUUCAAGUGCACGGUGUGUCACAAGGCAUACGCCAGGAAGAAGACGUUGAGGGAACACAUGAGGAUACACAACAAUGACCGGCGGUUUAAGUGCGGUGUUUGUAGUUUAGCGUUCGUUCAAAAGUGUAGUUUGAAAAGUCACAUGCUAUCGAAUCACGGGAUAACGUUGUCCGAAUUCGAAAACGCGAGAAGUGAAAUACUCGUAUCGUAGGACUGUGUGCUUUAAAAUGGGACUUGAUUCAAGUUUUUUAGGUCAUACCUAACAUCUUGUUGCAAUAUUAUGAAAUGUGUAAAGUUAACCCGCGUUGAUCCGAUAGACGUUUUGUGUGGUUGAGGAUGAUGGUGUUCGUCAAACUAUACAUCCAUAUUGGAGUCCGGAAUUUUCGGACAGGAUGCAGAGAACAAGUAACAACAAGUUGAAUCAUACAUUGAUGAAGAUUUGCCGAGAUUAAUGUGCGUUACAGCCCUCUCUCAAGCACG